UCACCACAGGAGAGAAGGUUCUAUCACGGAGGGGUGAAUCAUAACGAUAGAUCGAAAUGGCGUUCGCGUGGCAUCUAAUAUCAAUCUUUUUCUUGAUGGUCACCCGGGGCGAACCUUGUACGGAGUACGGAUGUCCAGGACGGCCGCAGUACGAACCCUUCGUACCCGCGCCUCCAGGACUCACCCCCCAUUGCGCGCAGCCGGGGCAGACCUUCUGCGAAACCCCGGACCAUUAUCCGCGCCAACUCAUCAAGUUUCUCGUCGACAAAUGCAGCUUCGACUUUAACACCGCGUUGCAAGAUGAAUCUCGCGACGAUUUCAACGCUUACAGUUCCCCCCCGGAUUAUCAAGGCUAUGAUUAUCCACGGCAAGACGAUAGUCAAUAUUACACGCAGUCUCCUCCGAGAGGAGAGCCAGCCUCAGUAUAUGGACCUCCGUCCAAUAGUAGCCGUUAUCACGGUUACAAAUACUCUACACCGUCACACUCGCAAAGGUAUCCUUUUCUCCCGGAAGUAACGCUGAAGUACCAUCACAAUGUCCAGCGACAAAUCGAUCGUGCUUAUUCGCAGGAAUCCGUGUUUGGACCGAAUCAAUCGUGGUUGACGAAUAGAUAUUCGCGAGGCGACAAGAUAGCGCCGCGAAGUUAUAGCGUGAACCCGUUAUUGGGGUACGCGAAACUUAAGGGCGACCGAGUAAAGAGGCAGUCGGAUCCGGAAGUCAUCCCCCUGUGCCCCACGCAAGCGCAGUAUAUCGCUCCCCGAGCCGCUCUGAACAAACAGGGCAACUGGAUGUACGUUGUGAAUCUUCCUGGGCAAAACAAAUACACGCAACUUGUCAAAAGCGAGAAAUGCUUGAAUGACGUGUGCAACGGUAUAUGCUCCAUCCCGGAGGGAUACAGGAGUAGGUGCCAGCAGCAAUUUGUGCAAAAGAGACUAGUCGCGCUCGAGGGGAGCGGGAAUCGACUUUACACCGACUUAUUCUGGUUUCCGCACGGCUGCUCGUGCCAGAUCGUAUCGAAUUUCUGAGGACACGGCGACUCACGGCGUCGCGCUAUGGCGUGUGAAUGGGGGUAUAUUUUCAGGGGGUAAGAGCGUUAUUAAACACACGCGGUCGUACAUGUCGUUCUCUUCACGAUCGUAAUUCUGCGAUGCAGAGCGCGCCUGGAAAUGGGGCAUUGAAAGUGAGUACCGAUAAUGUAGCGUUCUGUGAACGGUACUCGAGCAAGUGGUGUAUCGCGACGCGUAUUACCAGCGGUGUAAGACGGAGGCGGAUAUUCGUUAUCAGCAUAUCGUUAAUUGCCAUUAUUAAUUGCAAACCGCAAACGGCAUAAUUCAGUUAAAAUGCAUCAAUAAACGCUCUCAACGUGCUUCUUUGCGGACAAGCGGAGAAUCUCUCGGCGAGAGAUGUCGCUGUGCCGAUAUUCAUAAUUCUAUAUACUCACUCAUUUAGCGUAGGAUAUAAUAUAAUAUCUAUACAAUAAAAUUAUAUAAAAGAUCCGUGUAUACACGGAUUUUUUAUAGACUUUUAUUGUCUACAGUAAAGCCAUCUAAAAUAUUCCUUAUUUAUCUUUCGGCAUCCUCAAUUGCCGAUUCGCCAAAAAUUUUACAGAGAUAGAUUGCGCAAUUGCGCGCUAUUAUUACAGAUCAUCAAUUUUACAUAUAGUUUUUAGUAUAUGUUACUCUCUUUCAGGGAUGAGAACAUCACUUUAGAAAAGUAACGCGUUAUCAUUAUUGUUACUUCAAAAAUAACGAUUCGUUACUUUUUUGUAAUUCUAAAAUAAGUUUAAUUAGAUUUUAAAUUUAUAUUAUUUGAUAAAUAUUA